AGUAAAUGUGCAAUAGAUGUAAUCUUUUGUGGUUUUUAGCUUUGGUUGGCAAUGGCAAAUUAAAUGCUAAUCCUUUGUAAUAAAGUUCAAAUUAUAAAUAACCUAAGCUUUUGUUUGUGGUUUGAUUAGUUUGAUGGUGUUGGAAUGUUAAGGAUCAGCAAUCAGCAACAACAGCAAAUGCAAAGAAAAGGAACUGUCACAAUCACAAGUCAAAUGUAAUUUAGUGAGUGACAGUAGGUUUCUGAAACUGCGAUAUUUUAAUUUGAUUUCAAUUGAUUAUAAGUCUUCAAACAUAACUUAGUUUGAAGUUUAGUGUAAAGAAAUGGUCGUAGUGUUGUUUGUGUAACAGUGUCACUAUUAUUGUCUCCACAGUGAAAAUAUCCUGUGCCUACAAAUAGAGGAGUGUUAUCAGGAGUUUUCAGUAUUAGGAAAACUUAAUGCGAUGGCUAGUGACGAAGACGACAGUACAUGGUUAAUUGAGUUGGAAUCUGCCCUAUUGGACGGUUGUUCGGCCCAAGAAAUAAAUUUGCUCACUAAGGGCAAGAAGAUACCAGAAAGUUUACGUCCUGAUGUGUGGCUCCUUUGUCUUAACUGCCAAGAAGCAGGCAAUCAACUCCUUUCCUUUGACGAAAUAUUUGAUCUGACUAAUCAAAAUGAACUCAGGGAUGAUGUGAAGAAGUUUGUGAAAAGACUUGGCAAUGAUGACGAUGAUAAACUAUCAGUAAUAUCUGAUAUUGAAUCAAUAAUAACUUUUUAUUGUAAGUCUAAAUCUAUCAACUACAGUGCCAACAAUGGCUGGAUUGAAAUCUUGUUACCAUUACUGAGUUUGAAAUUGCCCAGAUCUGAUACAUACAAUUUAUUUGAAAAAGUUCUAAAACUAUACAUUCCCCAAGGUUGUGUGAAGAAUGGAGUACCAUUUCACAUACUGCGGCUAAUCUUACAGUAUCAUGAUCCAGAACUUUGUUCAUUUUUAGACACAAAACGAAUUACUCCAGAACAAUAUUGUAUGUCAUGGUUGAGAUCACUUUUUGCUGGUACAUGCAAUCUGGAGGUAGUGCUUUUUAUGUGGGAUUUGUAUUUCCAAAGGUCUGAUCCUUUUUUUAUAUUUUUCCUAUGUUUGAUAAUGGUUAUUAAUGCUAGAGAACAACUACUGCAAAUGAAAAAUGAAGAUAAGGAUGCUAUAAUUCAAACUUUAAUUCAGAUGCCUUCAGACCUAGAAGCCAAUGAUGUUUCUGACUUUUGUUCACUUGCACAUUAUUACUCUCUAAAAACUCCUCUGUCAUUCCGGGAGGAUGUACUAGAAGUAUUGUUCUCUGAUAGUGGAGUAGAAAUAAACUCUAAACUUUAUUCCCAAGCACUAUGUCUUCCUGUAGCUGUACAUGAGCUGAUUGAAAGUGCAACUCUAGAUUCUGGUAACAGUGACAGUGUGAAGUUCUUUUUGGUAGACUGUCGCCCAGCUGAGCAAUAUAAUGCUGGCCAUCUGUCAACAGCAUUCCACCUUGAUUGUAAUUUGAUGUUACAAGAACCUUCAGCAUUCAAUACAGCAGUCCAGGGAUUAUUGAAUGCACAACGCCAAGCACUAGCUGCUGGGUCUCUGGCUGCUGGAGAACACCUAUGUUUUGUAGGUUCCGGUAGGACUGAAGAAGAUAGUUACGCACACAUGGUGGUAGCAUCCUUCUUAAAAAGAAAUACUAAACAUGUCUCUAUGUUAGAUGGAGGUUUUGUUGCUAUCCAUGACUACUUUGGCCCACAUAUGACUGACUGUUUGGAAGAACACAAUCCAUCUACUUGUUUAGUAUGCGCACCUAACAAUAAUAAUGAGGGUGUUGAAACACAUCAAACUAAGGUAAAGGAUAAUAUUCCAGCUAAACAGUUGUUUAGCAAAUUAUCUUCAGCAAUGAAAGCCAAGAGCCAAGAGGUCAGAGGAAAGUUGAUAGAGUAUAUUGUAAAUCCUAACUCAACAUACAAUAAUGGAGAGUGGCAUGUUUCUGCUGGAGAUAGGAAAGAGCAAAGGUACAGAAAUGUGCCUCCAGUGUUUAGUAUAAAUGACGAAGAUGAUGAUUCAAGGUCUGACAGUCUCAGACGAGAUUAUACAGAUUCAGAUUCAUUAGAAGAAAUAGUCGAGCUGCAGACCUACCUAAAGGAACACAAUAUAGUAGAUAGUUUCCCGUGUCAAGAGGUUUUGCUUAAUGGCUAUAUGCAUGACUCUUAUUUGGUGGUGUCUGAAACACAUUUGAUUGUUUUGCGAGACAUACCUAAUAAAAAAGGAGCCGCGAAGGUUAUGUCUCGAAGGCCAUUGUCAACUAUUGUUAAAAUAACUGCAAAAAAGAGGCAUCCAGAAUUAAUUACCUUUAAGUAUGGAGUACCAGAUGGUGAUAAUCUUUUAAUUAAAGAUAUGGAUCGCUUCCUCAUCCCAAAUGCUUCUGUAGCUACGAAAGUGGUUUCAAACCAAAUUGUUCAACAAUUGGACACCAAAGUUUGAUACACCUAAUCGAGAAAAGAAAAGUUUUAUGAAAAUAGUUUAAUGUCUGCAAAUGGAAUCUUAUAAGCAUUAUAAACUAGAGUAAUUCCGGUACCGAAUGAAUAGAUUCCAAACGUUUUGUAGGCAGCGGUAUUCUAGCACACCUUAAGUGGAAAAUGUUUCAUUUGUCAAUUGUCGUUAGGUACCUACCUACUCAUAAAUUAUGUAAUAUUUUGAGUAGGUAUAAUCAUAAUAUUUAUGAGUGUUUAAAACAUAUUUAUGACACGAUUCCCCAUUUUGUGUAUGUAGGCUGACUUGAGUUGAGAUAGACAUAGCUUAAUUACAUACAUAGGUAUUUAUUUAUCUUUGUCACAUUGUAAGAGUAAUAGAGGAAGAGAGACAGAGGGAUGUGGAUAUUUAAGCCUACCUAGUCACUACAUACUUGUGCUAAGCAAUAUUUAUCAAAAAAACACAUUUCAUAUUAUGGUUUGACCUCGCCUUUCACAUUGCUAUUCGAAUUUUAUUUCAUUAAUGUUACCACUACUUUUCUGUGGAUUUAUUUGCUUUUAGUGUAGUCCUAUUAUCUAGGUUAAUUAAAAUGUGAUAAAUAGAAUUAUAAAUUAACAAAUAAACAAGCACAGUAGUUAUUAAAAUAUUUGAUUUGGAAAAUAUUCAUUGUUGAGAUGUACUUAGCUCGUAUGCAUCGUAUUUGCUCUGUAGACCAUAACUUAAGAAUACAUGUUCCAUUUGUGGUUAAAGCACGCAGGUUUCAUGUGUUAAGUAGGUAUCUUUAAUUAGAUACUUAACAUGCACAUUGUUCUCAGAUAAUUUUAUUAAGCCGUGUUACAGAAAUCGGCUUAAUAAAAUUAUCUAGAGAUGUACUUAGCAAAAUUUUAUAGUAGCAGAUUUGUUCAGUACGUAAUAUUGUUACAUUAAGUAUCUCCAAAAUAAUAUUUGAUAUUUUUUUUAUUGAACGUGAUACUGGUCUGAUUCUAAAUAUUGUAUCAAAGUGCAGUUUACUACGAAAUCACUUUCAAGGCGUGCUUAAGUCAGCGCAAGUCUAACCUAAUUAUGUAGUUAUGUUUAAUAUAAAAUAGGGUAAGAUUCUUUAUAAUGCACAUGAGAGGGUUUGCCACGUUAAAGCAUGCGCCAUACUAACAUCAUGACCUUGCACUUAGGUUAUAGAGAUUUUGUCAAGAGAUAUGUAACUAGUAGCGUAGUUUUGUAAUUACUAUCUAUCGUGUAUUCCUAAUAACGGCCGAUAACAAUCAUGUCUUCAUGUGUUAUAGAUGUUCUAUUUUCAGUGUUUAAACUAUUCCUAAAUUAUUUGUAUAUUUAGUUGUUAUUUAAAUAAAGAGAUAUAUUACAAAUA